AUGGCUCACGUUAGGACAUACAGACCAAACGUCCGUGUUGGAAACUGGAGGGAGGACGUUACAUUGGAGGAGGUGAGUCUGUCUACAAUAUCGUUUUUGUUUGGGGACUUCACUGAUGUCUCUGUCCCUACACACACGCUGAGCUGUCUCUCCUCACAGGACACACUGAAGGACUUCUUGGAGAGGAAGGAGAGGGGAGAGCUGAUGGUGCAGAAAACUGGCUUCCUCAAAGAAAACAUCCUCAAACAGGUCAGAGUAUCUUAAACAAGACAUCACACACUAGUCUUUUCCUGCUAGCUCUGACAUUGCUGAAAGCUACUUUAUUGAGGACAAAGUACUUACUAUGACUGAGAUAUGGAGUUGUGCUACCUAGCUACCUUAAGAUGAAUGCAUUAACUGUGUCGCUCUGGAUAAGAGCUGCUAAAUAACUAAUGUGUGUGUGUGUAGGUCAGCCUGUCUGUGUCUCAGGGAGGUGCAGUGUGUUUUGGUGACGUGGUGAUGCUGGCUAAUGUGAGCGGAGACAAUAGCUGUUCAAUCAGCAUCGAUGCUGACCUGACCAGCCUUGGGGAGGGGCCUAGUCCAGGUACAAGCACACCAGAACCCUAGCCCAGAGGGAGUGGCACUAAGCCAGAACCCUAGCCCAGAGGGAGUGGGUCUAAGCCAGAACACUAGCCCAGAGGGAGUGGCUCUAAGCCAGAACCCUAGCCCAGAGGGAGUGGCUCUAAGCCAGAACCCUAGCCCAGAGGGAGUGGCACUAAGCCAGAACCCUAGCCCAGAGGGAGUGGCUCUAAGCCAGAACCCUAGCCCAGAGGGAGUGGCUCUAAGCCAGAUCCCUAGCCCAGAGGGAGUGGCUCUAAGCCAGAUCCCUAGCCCAGAGGGAGUGGCUCUAAGCCAUAACCCUAGCCCAGAGGGAGUGGCUCUAAGCCAGAUCCCUAGCCCAGAGGGAGUGGCUCUAAGCCAGAACACUAGCCCAGAGGGAGUGGCUCUAAGCCAGAACCCUAGCCCAGAGGGAGUGGCUCUAAGCCAGAACCCUAGUCCAGAGGGAGUGGCUCUAAGCCAUAACCCUAGCCCAGAGGGAGUGGCUCUAAGCCAGAACCCUAGCCCAGAGGGAGUGGCUCUAAGCCAGAACACUAGCCCAGAGGGAGUGGCUCUAAGCCAGAUCCCUAGCCCAGAGGGAGUGGCACUAAGCCAGAUCCCUAGCCCAGAGGGAGUGGGUCUAAGCCAGAGGGAGUGGCUCUAAGCCAGAACCCUAGCCCAGAGGGAGUGGCUCUAAGCCAGAACCCUAGCCCAGAGGGAGUGACACUAAGCCAGAACCCUAGCCCAGAGGGAGUGGCUCUAAGCCAGAACCCUAGCCCAGAGGGAGUGGCUCUAAGCCAGAACCCUAGCCAGAGGGAGUGGCUCUAAGCCAGAAUCCCUAGCCCAGAGGGAGUGGCUCUAAGCAGACCUAGCCAGAGGAGUGGCUCUAAGCCAGAACCCUAGCCCAGAGGGAGUGGCUCUAAGCCAUAUCCCUAGCCCAGAGGGAGUGGCUCUAAGCCAGAACCCUAGCCCAGAGGGAGUGGCCUAAGCCAGAACCCUAGCCAGAGGGAGUGGCACUAAGCCAGAACCCUAGCCCAGAGGGAGUGGCUCUAAGCCAGAACACUAGCCAGAGGGAGUGGCUCUAAGCCAGAACACUAGCCCAGAGGGAGUGGCUCUAAGCCAGAACCCUAGCCCAGAGGGAGUGGCUCUAAGCCAGAACACUAGCCCAGAGGGAGUGGCUCUAAGCCAGAUCCCUAGCCCAGAGAGAGUGGGUCUAAGCCGAACCAGCAGAGGGAGUGGCUCUAAGCCAGAACCCUAGCCCAGAGGGAGUGGUCUAAGCCAGAACCCUAGCCCAGAGGGAGUGGCUCUAAGCCAGAACCCUAGCCCAGAGGGAGUGGCUCUAAGCCAGAACCCUAGCCAGAGGGAGUGGCUCUAAGCCAGAACCCUAGCCAGAGGGAGUGGCUCUAAGCCAGAACCCUAGCCCAGAGGGAGUGGCUCUAAGCCAGAACCCUAGCCCAGAGGGAGUGGCUCUAAGCCAGACCCUAGCCCAGAGGGAGUGGCUCUAAGCCAGAACCAGCCAGAGGGAGUGCACUAAGCCAGAACCCUAGCCAGAGGGAGUGGCUCUAAGCCAGAACCCUAGCCAGAGGGAGUGGUCUAAGCCAGAUCCCUAGCCAGAGGGAGUGGUCUAAGCCAGUACCCUAGCCCAGAGGGAGUGGUCUAAGCCAGAACCUAGUCCAGAGGGAGUGGCAUCAAGCCAGAUCCCUAGCCCAGAGGGAGUGGGCUAGCAGACACUAGCAGAGGGAUUGGCUCAAGCCAGAUCCUAGCCCAAGGGAGUGGCUACUAUCCAGACCCUAGCAUGAGGGAUGUGUAAUGCAGAUUGCAGAGGAGUGGCUAUAUGCAUGAUCCAGGGAUGAGCUAAGAUCCAUAGCAUAGGAGUGGAUAAGACUAGCUCGAUGGAUAGCAGAACUAUGCAAGGGGUGAUAGAGAAUGCAGUGGUGAUGUGACUGCAGGAGAUAGCCAGAGGUUGUGCAGAUGAGAGUGGUGGAUGAGAAUAAGAUGAGGUGUGCAUGAUAGGUAGUGAUGGAUAAGUAAAUGAUAGGUUUGUGAAAGACAGUUAUGUCAAAUGUGGAUAUGUGUCAAUGGUAGUGAUGAUGUGAUGAUGUAUGAUGAUGUACAGUGAUAUUGAUGUGGAUGAAUGAAUGAUAGAUGAUGAUAUGAUAGUGGUGAUGAUGAUAGUGGUGAUGAUGAUAGUGUGAUGAUAGUGGUGUGAUGAGUGUGAUGAUGGUGUGUGAUGAUAGUGGUGAUGAUGAUAGUGGUGAUGAUGAUAGUAGUGAUGAUGAUAUGUGUGAUGAUAGUGUGUGAUGAUAUAUGUGGUUGGUGAUGUGAUAGUAGUGAUGAUGAUAGUGGUGAUGAUAAUAGUGGUAAUAAUGAUAAUGAUGAUGAUAGUGGUGAUGAUGAUAGUGAGAUGAUAAUGGUGAUGAUGAUAGUGGUGAUGAUGAUAGUGGUGAUGAUGAUAGUGGUGAUGAUGAAUGUGAUGAUGAUAGUGGUGAUGAUGAUAGUGAGAUGAUAGUGGUGAUGAUGAUAGUGGUGAUGAUGAUAGUAGUGAUGAUGAUAGUGGUUGAUGAUAUAGUGGGUAUAUGAUAUGAUGAUGUAGUGAAUAUGUGAGAUGAUAGUGGUGAUGAUGAUGUGUGUAUGUGGUUGAUGAUGAUGUGUGUGAUGAUGUGAUAGUGGCGUGAUAUAGUGGUGAUGAUAAUGGUGAUUGUGAUAGUGAUGAUGAUAGUGGUGAUGAUGAUAGUGUGUGAUGAUGAUAGUGGUAUAUGUUAAUUGAUAAUGAUGGAUGAUAUGGGUGUAUGAUGUAUAGUGUGAUGAUGAUGAUAGUGGUGAUGAUGAUAGUGAGAUGAUGAUAGUGGUGAUGAUGAUAGUGGUGAUGAUGAUAGUGGUGAUGAUGAUAGUGAGAUGAUGAUAGUGGUGAUGAUGGUGAUGAUGAUGAUGAUGAUAGUGACUGUAUUUAUUACGAUGAGGAUGAUCGUUUUGAUGAUAGUGAUGAUGAUGAUAAUGAUUAUGAUGAUGAAACUAGUGAUGAUGAUAGGGAUGAUGAUGAUGAUGAUGAUGAUGAAACUAGUGAUGAUGAUAGGGAUGAUGAUAGUGAUGAUGAUAGGGAUGAUAUGAUAAAUGCUGUUUGUCUCUCAAGCCAUCCAGGCUCCCUGUGGAGUCAGUGGGGGGAGGAGUCUUCAGCCAUGCACACGCAACGCAUUCAUCAUCAGCAGGUACACACACACACACACACACACACACACGCACGCGCACACGCACACAGAGGAAUAGGGUUAGGUGUUUGUAACACUGCUGUGUGUGUGUCCAGUGUGGAUGGACAGUGCGGAGGGAGAGCCUCUGCGCUUCAAUCAGAGUUUCGCCCUCAGAACAAGCAGUGGCUUUGCUGGAG